AUGUCGUCUAUACAUUCCGAUGAUGACCAGGAGGAGAUUAACGUAGAUUCUGACAGCAGACUGUCUGGCCAAUGCGAUAGGAGUAUAGGUUCUGAGGACCAUGACUCAGAACACAGUUAUCACGACCGAUAUCGAGACUCUCCAAACGAGCAUAUGACAGAAACGCAGCCGCGAGUAAAUCUGCCGUUUAGUAUAUCUAGAUUAUUAGGUAAACAAUUCGAGGACAUAGAAAAGCGCCGGAACUCCGGCGAGAGUGAUGAUAGGAGUGAUCAGGACACUGAAUCCGAGAGUGUUAAGGACGAUGGAAAAGACAAUAACAUAGCAUUAAAUUUUGCACAUAACCCUGGACUGUAUACGAAUUCUGGGUUGUUGUUACGGCCCGGCUUAGGACUGGGAGCUGGUUAUGGGUUUUCUGGCAACCCUGGGGUAGUGAGAGUACCAGCUCAUAGGGCACUGGGAGCGUUAGGCGCUUGGGGUGUCGCUUUGGACCCUAUGAGACAGGCUGCGGCAGCUGCGUUCGCUCAUCAAGUUGUGAAAGACAGAUUAAAUGCCUCAUUCCCAAUCACGCGGCGGAUUGGCCACCCAUACCAAAACAGGACGCCGCCGAAACGGAAGAAACCGCGCACCUCGUUCACGCGGAUGCAGAUAGCUGAGCUGGAAAAGAGGUUCCAUAAACAGAAGUACCUGGCGUCGGCUGAACGAGCCUCCCUCGCUAAGACGCUGAAGAUGACAGACGCGCAAGUGAAGACCUGGUUCCAAAAUCGGCGGACGAAGUGGAGACGUCAAACGGCUGAAGAGCGGGAAGCUGAACGGCAAGCGGCCAACCGCUUGAUGCUAUCAUUGCAAGCCGAAGCGCUUAGCAAAGGCUAUAUGCCAGAACCACCACCCGGUGCUCCGCUUUCAGCGCUUCAUUAUCAAGGUCCACAAAACGCUGCUCCAACGCCCGCGUCGAAUACAGCGUUAAGCGCUUUACAAAACUUGCAGCCGUGGGCUGGAAAUCAUGCGUCAUUUAUGAAUGCGUCGAAUCAAGCACCGUCAGCGCACCCACCGCCCGUUGCAUCUCCAAUUUGUUGA